GGUAGCUCCAUCCACUCUGUCUGCCACUCAUUUGCGGAUCAAAACAGAGAGAACAAGCUCCCUGCCGCCAGGAUCCUGGGAAACGUCCUUGGAAUGGGCACAGCCCGCCACCAAAUGUACGCGAGUGGGGCUGUGAGCCAGAGGCAGGCAGGUUAGUGGAUGCAGGCGGUAGUACCAGGAGCAUCAUCCUCCACACUCACCGGUAACGGCAACGGCAACUCUCUGAGAGGCAAACAUAGAGGAGGCGCCCCUACACACUGGAGUCAGGAUUGUUGUCAAAAACGGCUAGAGGCUGCAGCUGAACACAAUGCCUGGCUUGUUAAACCGAUCGACGUGGGCACCUCUCCCCUUGAAUACAUCCUCAAUAAAAGCCUGCACUAAUGGUUGCUCCCUCAGGAUUACCACGAGCCUUACCUAUACCAACCCAGAGAGUGAACCGGUGGAAGGUGUAUUUGUUUACCUGCUGGAGGAGUCAGAAGUGGUGGUUGCCUUUGAAGCUUUGACAGCAGGAAGACUGGUGACCAUCCAGGUAAAGAGCCGGGCAAGAGCUGAUGAUUGCUGUUUUGAUUGUUACAACCGUGUCAAUCAGGCUCUGCUAUGUAACAAUGGUCAUCUGAUAUUGGAUGAAGAUAUGGAUAGAACGACUUUCAUUGUGAGCACUGGGUUAAUUAGUUCACGGGACACCAUGACGAUAUUCCUCAGUACUACGCUGGAGCUUCAGACACAACCGAAUGGCACUGUGCAGGUGUCGUUUCCUUCUGCGUUCAUGCCUCGGGUAUGCAGCCAUGAGGGGAAGCUCGAGUCGACAAGAAGAGAUGAAGACGGCUUUAGGUCUACCAAUUGCUUUGGAGUGGGGGGUACGAGAGUAGAGAAAAUGUAUGAUCGCCAUAACCUACCAGAGAUCCUCACGGAACAAGUAUUCAACCCAGUACCAUAUGAAUUCAGCUUUGAGAUGCUGGUGCGUGGCCCCUGUCUCCUAGCAGGAGUGGAGAGUCCCACGCACGCACUACGGGCUGGAGCAGAUCCCAUCGCCAGGUCUGCUUCCACACUCUACAUCACACUGGCCGAGAAACACCACUACGACAGGGACCUCCAAAUUAUAUUACAUCCAAGCGAGCCCCAUGUCCCACACAUUCUGCUGGAGAAAGGCAGCAUGAGUUUUGAGGAGUAUGAACGGCACGUCAAAAAUAGACGGGAUUUCAUUCGCUUGAUGAGGAAAAGCUCCAAUGCUGAUAAAAGGGUUGAUUUUGUGCGGAAGCGUUUUCACAAAGACAUCAGAUUCAAUCCUGUGCUGAUGCUGAACUUCUGCCCCGAUCUCCAUAGCACCCCAACAGAUUUUGGAAAUGUGACCAGAGAAAUUAUCUUUCUUGUCGACAGAAGCAGGAGCACGAGUGGCAUUAAUAUGGAGAAAAUAAAAAAAGCCAUGUUAGUUGCCAUUAAAAGUUUACCACCUGGGACACUACUGAACAUCAUCGGGUUAGGCACAAAUGUGAGGACUCUCUUCUCUUCCAGUCAAGUGUGCAGUGAUGAGACCCUAUCCUUGGCAAGUGAAUAUAUUCAGAGGAUGGGAGCUGACAUGGGCAGCAGUAAUAUACUUGGUGCUUUAUCCUGGAUUUAUAAACAACCAGUCCAUUGUGGGUAUCCACGGCAGCUCUUUAUUUUGACUGAUGCUUCUAUGAGCCAAGCCGGGAAAAUCAUAGAGUUGGUACGAAAAAACGCAAGCUCAGCAAGAUGUUUCAGUUACGGGCUGGGUCCUAAUGCCUGCAAGCGCUUACUACGCAGAGUUGCAAAGAUCACAGGUGGACUGUUUGAAUCUUUCAGUGAAGGUGAACAGUUGCAACCAAAGUUAAUUAAAUCUUUGAAGAAAGCAAUUGAGCCAGUUAUGAGUGACAUCACCAUCGAAUGGUAUCUCCCAGAUACUUUAGAAGUUCUUCUUUCUCCAAUGGAAAUUGGACCUUUAUACCCAGGGGAUCAUCUCAACAGCUAUGGUGUCAUUUAUGACCUUUCUGGAUUCCAAAGGAAGAAGAAUGUGGGAAAACAACAUAUUUCUAAAACGGUGUUAAAAGAGUCAGCCAACUCUGUAUUCCAGAAUCAAGGUGAAUCUUCUACCUCAGCCUUGUCUGACAGGAGCAACCUCUCUUUUCCUGCUGAAAAGAAUGACAUUAAGGAUGCAUUAAAAGAGAUUUCCCAGGAGAUUUCUACAGAGUUUUCAGCAGUUAAUGUGGAGGAAAGUGAAAAAUCUAAGGAUGCAGAGAGUGAUUCAUUCAAUGACUUGCGCAAGCGUAUCUCCCUCGCUUCGUAUAUCCACGAGCAGUAUACGUUGACGCAUUGUUCUCUCAGCAAUCUUAAGGGAACUAGGGAUCGAAGUCUGUCGACCUGUGGUUCAAAUAGUAGUGAUUCUACAGAACCUCCAGAUAUUGGCAGGGAAGUUGCUUCCUUCCCACAUGGUAUGGAGAAUAUUGCCCAUCAGGGACAGAAAGGUUUGGUGCGUUGGGAAUCAUCAAAGAAAACAUUGUCCAACGUUGAAUCCACCAAUGGUAAAGGCUUCCCUGGAGCUGACCCUGUCUCAGAUGAGGCAAGAAGAAAGAGAAAACUAAUAGCUCAAGCAGCCCUAUCAGGUCGGAGUUUCUCUUCACCAAAUGGCCAAUUGGACAUGCAUUACCUGCGCAAGGCAUUGGCUAAAGUUUCCACCGCAAAGUCUUACAAUUGGUCCGUUGGAGGAAGAAUGAAUGAUAUUGGACACGAAUCACAACAAUUUCAAGCUGACAGUUGCUCAAGGAAGAGCCUCAAUGAUUCCAACGCUCUUCUGUUCCAGGCAGCAACUCCAGAGUGGGACACAUUUUUUGAUCCCGAGAAUCUCUUCCUGCCGAUGACCUUGGAUGAGUCGAGCUUGACGGAAAUGAAUGGCGCUCCCGUAAUGCAGUGUAAAGCAGUGAUUCAUGGCUUGAUCAGUGGGAAGUCAGUCACAUGGGAGGCAACGGCCAACCUCUCCUCCCUCUACCAUGCGUCAGUUCAACAGGAGCCGACAGGCACCACCAAAACUCCAUGUGAUGGGAUCCUCCACCAGUUGACUGUGCAUUCAGUCAUCAGAGACUUUGAGAACAUGGCUGACAAAACUAACGAAAUUGAAUAUGCCCCUGCUGGAAGAUAUCGCUUGAAAGCUAUUCAGACCAGCAGAGCAAGUAACAGCAUGUCCAUUUACACAACCAUUGUGCCUGUGAAUGCUGCCACACAAGAGUCAUUACCCUCCUACGUGGAAGUACGAAACACAGGAGUCAUAAACCAGUCUCGAAGCUCGCAUUCAGGAAGCAAGAGACAGAGAAGUUAUUCUACCGCUUUGGGACAAAGGCCUUCGAGCCACGAUUAUGAGGAAUUGGAUGAUAUGUUUGGUUCCACAGGCAAGGAUGAACUUCCAGCUACGCCAACCAGCGUGGGAUCUUCAUCAUCCUCUGGUUGGGAAAGACAAAGUGUCCCAGAUGGCAAUGUACAGAGUCCAUCCGCAAUCUCAGUCCGAGCACAGAAAUCAUUUGAAAAUUUCUUUGCAUCCAGGCUUAGCCUGGGAAGGUACAGAAGCUCAAGUCAGACUGGAAAAUACAUACCGAUAAAACCCAACAGUCUUUCUGCUAAACCAGACAUAUUGCCUGCAGAAGACAUUCAUGAUUAUAUGCCACUGGUGCGAUUGCAAUUGGCAUCAGGAGCUUUUCUUCUAAAUGAAGCCUUCUCUGAAGCAGUUCAGAUUCCUUUCGAUCGACUGAGGAGGGCCUCGCCCUUCUCCUGCCAUCGAGCAAGUCUCAGUCCAUCUUCUCGCUGCACAAUGACCAGCAAGACUGAGUCUCCUCUCAGAGGGAAGAUCUCCAUCCAUGGAGAAGGGGUGGUUCAACCUUGUGCUGAUAGGAACGACCAGUGCCUGCUUGAAAACAAUCAGGAAAAUGCUGAAGAGAACAUAAAAGGUUCAAAGAAAAUUACGUGGUCGCAUCUCGAGGGUGUUGUGAAUCAUAGCAGUUCUCCAGCAAGUAGGUGCAACUCAUUCAGUGCCAGCACUGAUGGUCAGAGCACUGUCGUUCAGCUGGUGGACAGUGGCAGGGGCUCUGAGAGCGACCUGUGUGAAAAUUCACCAGUCACUUCAGAAAGCAGUGGAGCCUCCUACAGGUUAAUAAAUGAUUUGAACUCCCAGUAUGAUGACUUGGAAGGGAUGAGCUGGGCGACUGCAGUCGGACUGGGCUGGCUUGAGCAUCAAUGUGCAGGUUAUUUUCCAGAAUGGGAGCUUAUUGCUGCCAAGGCCGACACGUGGCUACAUUCCCAACAACUUCCUGAACAGAUGAAUAUUAACGGACUGAAGGCAGCAACUAGGCAGCUUUUCCUGCUGAUACGUCAUUGGAAUGAGAAUAUCAAACUCAACAUGUUGUGUUAUAACCCCAAUAAUAUGUAAAUACAAAUAUUUAAUUAAUAUAAUAUAUAAAUACUUGAUAAUAAUUUUAAAUUGGUGUGCAGGAAAUUAUAGUGCCUGAUUUAAAAAAAACCCAAAUAAGUCCAAUCCUGCUGCAUCUUUUGAUAUGAGGCAACUGUUCUGCCACUUAGUGACCAUUGUGACAGCACCAUUCUAUUAAUUACGGUUCAGAUUUCAAAUGUUUUACCUCCUUUCUAUGAAAUACCUGCAAAGGAAAUUUAAAUGAUGAUUAACUGUACAAGGACUGGCCUGGAUUUAUAAUGAAAUAAAUGGCAAUAUUGAUUUUA